AUGACUCCGGAUUUGCGGCAACUUGUUGUGAAAGAAUGUAUCAACAUGAUUGCUGGAGAGCUCAAAAUCAUCCCUGAGCAAGAAAUGAACCCGAUUAUUAAGAAAAUUGUUGGUUCUCCACAAGUGGCAAAUUACAAGGUCGAUUUGAGUAUUUCUACCAAAGCGCUGAAUAUUAUCUACACCGAUCCAAAAGACAAAGAGAGGAUGAACCGACUGAUCGCUAGGCACAGCAUUGAGCUUGUUUCUUUCGCCGCUCAAGGCUCAGAGGUGCGACAAUGCUCUAUCAAUCAUUACCCUUCAUGAAU